UCACACCAAUCCCCAACUCUAAAGUCCUGACCGUCCACCAUCCUGCUGCUUUUGUGAGUGUUGGGCCGAUAAGCUGAAAAAUGUCUCUACUUUCCGCACGUUUGGCUGCCUCGGUAGCCCGAAGUAUCCCCAAGAGCCUAACUCAGCUUACAGGGGCGGCUUUUCCAGCGGCUUCAGUGGCAGCCCGCAAAUUCCACGCCAGCCCCGUUCAGAAUGGGGUGGAAAUCUCUUUUUGGAGUGACCAAUUGGAGGAGCGCAUUUUGGGCUCAGCCCCAAAAGCUGACUUGGACGAAACGGGCCGUGUCCUGAGCAUUGGUGACGGUAUCGCUCGUGUCUAUGGCUUGAACAACAUCCAGGCCGAUGAGAUGGUGGAAUUUUCGUCUGGAUUAAAGGGUAUGGCCCUUAACUUGGAACCAGACAACGUCGGUGUUGUCGUAUUCGGUAACGACAAGCUGAUCAAGGAAGGAGACAUUGUAAAAAGAACCGGAGCCAUUGUGGACGUGCCUGUAGGCGACGCCCUUUUGGGUCGUGUGGUAGACGCUUUGGGAAAUGCCAUCGAUGGCAAAGGCCCGGUCGCAACCAAGCAACGAUUCCGUGUAGGAAUUAAGGCCCCUGGCAUCAUUCCCCGUAUUUCUGUAAGAGAACCAAUGCAGACCGGAAUUAAGGCCGUCGACUCGCUGGUGCCCAUCGGCAGAGGACAGCGAGAGCUGAUCAUUGGAGAUCGUCAAACUGGCAAAACCGCCUUGGCCAUCGACACCAUCAUCAACCAGAAGCGCUUCAAUGACGCCGAUGAUGAGAAGAAGAAGCUCUACUGCAUCUACGUGGCUAUUGGCCAGAAGAGAUCCACAGUCGCUCAGUUGUUGAAGCGUUUGACCGACACCGGAGCCAUUAACUAUACGAUUAUUGUGUCGGCUACCGCUUCUGAUGCCGCCCCCUUGCAAUAUCUGGCGCCCUACUCAGGUUGCGCCAUGGGUGAAUACUUCAGAGACAACGGCAAACAUGCCCUGAUCAUCUACGACGAUUUGUCCAAACAGGCUGUCGCCUAUCGUCAAAUGUCCCUGUUGCUGCGUCGUCCUCCAGGUCGUGAAGCCUACCCAGGAGACGUAUUCUACCUCCACUCGCGUCUAUUGGAGCGUGCAGCCAAGAUGUCCGAGGCCCAUGGAGGCGGCUCCUUGACCGCCCUUCCAGUCAUUGAGACCCAAGCCGGUGACGUAUCCGCCUACAUUCCCACCAACGUAAUCUCCAUUACCGACGGCCAAAUCUUCUUGGAAACUGAGCUGUUCUACAAAGGUAUCCGACCUGCCAUCAACGUCGGUCUGUCUGUAUCCCGUGUCGGAUCCGCUGCCCAAACCAAGGCCAUGAAGCAGGUGGCUGGUUCCAUGAAGCUGGAAUUGGCUCAGUACCGUGAGGUCGCCGCCUUUGCCCAGUUCGGUUCCGACUUGGAUGCCGCAACUCAACAGCUGCUGAACCGUGGUGUACGAUUGACCGAAUUGCUCAAACAGGGCCAGUACGUGCCCAUGGCCAUUGAGGAACAAGUCGCUAUCAUCUACUGCGGUGUCCGCGGACAUUUGGACAAAGUCGACCCCUCAAAGAUCACCGUCUUUGAGAAGCAAUUCUCCGAACACAUCAAGAGUAGCCAUCAGAGCAUCCUCCAGAGCAUUGCAAAGGAGGGUAAAAUCACCGAUUCUACCGACGCCGAAUUGAAGAAAGUCGUGCAAGAUUUCCUCGCCAACUUCUCCGGUUAAUUUAUUUGUCAUUGUCAAUGGGUUUUUAGCUAAAGGUGUUGCAGCGCGAGCCUGAUCUUGGCCGAAUAAAUCUAGGUAAGAACAUGCAAAUAUUAUUGUACUAUCCAUUAUCGAUAAGAGACUAUAUAGCGUAAGAUGAAUUUUUUAGACAAUGAAUAACAAUUCCUGUUCAAAUGCAAGCUGUACAGCAUUUCUUUCCCGUUGUUUUUACUAUGUCGUUUUCGUUUGUAUCGAGCGAAAAUAUAAUAAAUUACUUUA